AUUUGGCUGUCUUCACACAAUUAAUCACCACAGAGGGAUUUGUGCAGAAUGGGCAAGAAAAUAAUUCACUACUGCUCACAAUGUGGGAAGAGUUUUGCCACGCCGAAUAUUCUCAAAAAACACACGUACAUUCACACAGGAGAGAAACCAUAUUGCUGUUCACAAUGUGGACAGAGUUUUAGACAACUAAGUAACUUAAACAGACAUAAGUUUAUUCACUCAGGAGUAAAGUCGUAUCAGUGCUCAGAGUGUGAAAAAAGUUUUGCUUGCAGUUGGUAUCUCAAAAAACAUGAGCGCAUUCACACAGGAGAGAAGCCUUAUUGCUGUUCACACUGUGGGAAGGGUUUUAGAAACGCAAAUGAUUUAAAAGUCCAUGAGCGCAUUCACACAGGACUGAAGCCAUAUGUUUGCUCACACUGUUGCAAGAAUUUUGGAACAUCAAGUGAAUUAAAAACCCACGAGCGCAUUCACACAGGAGAGAAGCCAUAUCAGUGCUUACUCUGUGGGAAGAGUUUUACAAAUUCAAGUGGUUUGAAAACUCAUCAACACAUUCACACAGGAGGGAAACCAUAUCACUGCUCACACUGUGGGAAGAGAUUUACAAAUUCAAGUAGUUUAAAAAGUCACCAACGCAUUCACACAGGAGAGAAGCCGUAUCAGUGCUCACACUGUGGGACGAGAUUUACAAAAUCAAGUGGUUUGAAAACUCAUCAACGCAUUCACACAGGAGAGAAGCCGUAUCAUUGCUCACAAUGUGGCAAGAGAUUUACACAAUCAGGUGGUUUGAAAGUUCACCAAUGCAUUCACACAGGAGAAAAGCCUUAUUGCUGCUCACACUGUGGGAAGAGUUUUACACAAUCAUGUAGUUUAAAAAGUCACCAACGCAUUCACACAGGAGAGAGGCCCUAUCAAUGCUCACAGUGUGAGAAGGGUUUUAGAAAUUCAAAUGAUUUAAAAAUCCACCAGCACAUUCACACAGGACUGAAGCCAUAUGUUUGCUCACACUGCGGGAAGAGUUUUAGACAUUCAAAAGAUAUAAAAUCUCAUGAACGCAUUCACACAGGAGAGAAGCCAUAUCAGUGCUCACAAUGUGGGAAGAGAUUUACACAAUCAAGUAGUUUAAAAAUCCACCAGCACAUUCACACAGGAGAGAGGCCCUAUCAGUGCUCACAGUGUGGGAAGAGAUUUACACAAUCAAGUAGUUUAAAAAGUCACCAACGCAUUCACACAGGAGAGAAGCCGUAUCAGUGCUCACAUUGUGGGAAAAGAUUUACACGAUCAAGUGGUUUGAAAUCUCACCAACGAAGUCACACAGGAGAGAAACCAUAUUGCUGUUCACAAUGUGGACAGAGUUUUACACAACUAAGUAACUUAAACAGACAUAAGCUUAUUCACUCAGGAGUAAAGCCGUAUCAGUGCUCAGAGUGUGAAAAAAGUUUUGCUUGCAGUUGGUAUCUCAAAAAACAUGAGCUCAUUCACACAGGAGAGACGCCUUAUUGCUGUUCACACUGUGGGAAGGGUUUUAGAAACGCAAAUGAUUUAAAAGUCCAUGAGCGCAUUCACACAGGACUGAAGCCAUAUGUUUGUUCACACUGUUCGAAGAAUUUUAGAUAUUCAUGUGAUUUAAAAAACCACGAGCGCAUUCACACAGGAGAGAAGCCAUAUCACUGCUUAGACUGUGGGAAGAGAUUUACGAAAUCAAGUGGUUUAAAAAUUCAUCAACGCAUUCACACAGGAGAGAAGCCGUUUCAUUGCGCACACUGUGGCAAGAGAUUUACAAAAUCAAGUGAUUUGAAAUCUCAUCAACACAUUCACACAGGAGAGAAGCCGUAUCAUUGCUCACACUGUGGGAAGAGAUUUACACAUUCAAGUGGUUUGAGAGUUCACCAACGCAUUCACACAGGAGAGAAGCCGUAUCAAUGCUCACAGUGUGGGAAGAGUUUUAGAAAUCCAAGUAUUUUAAAAAACCACCAACGCAUUCACACAGGAGAGAAGCCGUAUCAGUGCUCACACUGUGGGAAGAGAUUUAGAAAUUCAAAAGAUAUGAAAAAUCAUGAACGCAUUCACACAGGAGAGAAGCCGUAUCAGUGCUCACACUGUGGGAAGAGAUUUACACAAUCAAGUAGUUUGAAAGUUCACCAACACAUUCACACAGGAGAGAAACCAUAUUGCUGUUCACAAUGUGGACGGAGUUUUAGACAACUAAGUUCCUUAAACAAACAUAAGCUUGUUCACUCAUUAGUAAAGCCGUAUCAGUGCUCAGAGUGUGAAAAAGGUUUUGCUUGCAGUCGGUAUCUCAAAAAACAUGAGCUCAUUCACACAGGAGAAAAGCCUCAUUGCUGCUCACACUGUGGGAAGAGUUUUAGAGAGGUCGCUUAUUUAAAAGUCCAUAAUCGCAUUCACACAGGACUGAAGCCAUAUGUUUGCUCACAUUGUUGGAAGAAUUUUAGAAAUUUAAGUGAAAUAAAAUCUCACGAACGCAUUCACACAGGAGAGAAACCAUAUCACUGCUUACACUGUGGGAAGAGAUUUACACAAUCAAGUAGUUUAAAAAGUCACCAGCGCAUUCACACAGGAGAGAAGCCCUAUCAAUGCUCACAGUGUGAGAAGAGUUUUAGAAGUUCAAGUGAUUUAAAAAAACACAAACGCAUUCACACAGGAGAGAAACCAUAUCACUGCUUACACUGUGGGAAGAGUUUUAGAAAUUCAAAAGAUAUGAAAACUCAUGAACGCAUUCACACAGGAGAGAAGCCGUAUCACUGUUCAUACUGUGGGAAGAGUUUUAGAUAUUCAAAAGAUAUGAAAACUCACGAAUGCAUUCACACUGGAGAGAAACCAUAUCACUGCUCACAGUGUGAGAAGAGUUUUAGAAGUUCAAGUGAUUUAAAUAAACACCAACGCAUUCACACUGAAGAGAAACCAUAUCACUGCUUACACUGUGGGAAGAGUUUUAGAAAUUCAAAAGAUAUGAAAACUCACGAACGCAUUCACACAGGAGAGAAACCAUAUCACUGCUUACACUGUGGGAAGAGUUUUAGAAAUUCAAAAGCUAUGAAAACUCACGAACGCAUUCACACAGGAGAGAAGCCGUAUCAGUGCUCAGACUGUGGGAAGAGAUUUACACAAUCAGGUAGUUUAAAAUUUCACCAACGCAUUCACGCAGGAGAGAAGCCCUAUCAAUGCUCAGUGUGUGAGAAGAGUUUUAGAAAUUCAAGUAAAUUAAAAAUCCACCAGCGCAUUCACACAGGAGAGAAACCAUAUCACUGCUUACACUGUGGGAAAUGUUUUAGAACAUCAAAAGAUCUAAAAACUCAUGAACGCACUCACACAGGAGAGAAGCCGUAUCAGUGCUCACACUGUGGGAAGAGAUUUACACGAUUAAGUACUUUAAAAGUUCACCAACACAUUCACACAGGUUGAAAACUUGCAUUUAUCUGUAUCACUGCUUAAACUGUGGGAAUAAUAAUUAAAAAAUAAAUAAAUAAAUAAAUAACCAGCACCUUCACACAGGAGUGAAACCAUAUUAUAGCUCAUAUUGUGAAAAGAGUUUUACAUAAUAAACCCGUUUGAAAAGCCACCAAUUUAUUCACAAUAGUGAGAAAUGUAUUGCUGAUCACAGUGUUAUUGCUUUAAAAAGUACCUCAUUUGCGUGCAUUGCUUAAUUAGCAGAUCAGAAGAAGGCGUCUUUGGUGUAGACUGCAGAAGCGGUUUUUGAAAUGUUGAAGGACCAUUAUACUGCUACAGCUUUAGCUAGCUGUGAUUACAGUUAGCCUUUCCAAUUGUAUGUGUCAGAUAAACAGGAGUUCUCUAAUGCCAUUUUAUCUCAGUAAUGGAGUUAGCAGCCUAUAAUCUCUCAGGCUAUGAUGUGAUAAUUUUUUUUUUUUACCAGAGUUGACAAUUAAGAGGGACCAGACAGUUAAUCUGUCAGACAGGAGGAUGACCAUUUUGGAUGGUGAGCAACAUGAUUGUUAGUUAACUUCUACUAGCACCAUGAAUGCAUGGCAGGAUUUAGAAAGUUAACUGCUACCACACACACAUCUAACUUUUUUGUAGAUGGUCAUCCUUAGUGGCCUAGAGUGACGUGAACACCCCUGAAUUUCAUCAUGGUAUCGCAUUUAAACAAGGUGUGGUGGUUAAAUAGGGGGCUGCUAAGCCACGUCUUAUGCAUUUUCCAGAUGCUCUCCAGUUUUGGUGUUUUGCUGAGUUUUCCUUGUUAUUUAUCUACCUCU